AUGGGUCCUGAGCCUCUUGGAAGCUCCGCUCAAAUCAAUGCUGGCAUAAAUGGUGCAAAGACACCAAGGAAAGGUGAAUUGGAUACAAGUACACCUUUGGAAGAGAUGCAAGGUGAAAUCUUUGCUUUAUGCAAGGACCAACAUGGUUGUCGAUACUUGCAAAAGAAGCUCGAAGAAGGCAAUCCGUCGUACCGUGAUAUGAUCUUCACCGAGACAUUUAACCAUUUUGCCGAAUUGAUGACGGAUCCUUUUGGUAAUUACUUGUGCCAAAAGAUGUUGGAAUUCUGCACGGAUGAACAACGCAAUUUGAUCGUUGAAUCGGUUGCACCUGAUUUGGUCAACAUUUCACUCAACAUGCAUGGUACACGUGCUGUUCAGAAGACGAUCGACUUCUUGUCCACUCCACGUCAAAUUCAUUCCAUCAUCAUGGCCCUUGGCAUGAAUGUGGUACCUUUGAUCAAAGACUUGAACGGUAAUCAUGUCAUUCAAAAAUGUCUCAACCGUUUAGGCUCUUCUGACAAUCAAUUUAUCUAUGAUGCCGUUGCAACUCAUUGCAUUGAGGUUGCCACCCACCGUCACGGUUGCUGUGUCUUGCAGAGAUGUAUCGAUCAUGCAUCCGAGAAGCAAAGGAUGCAACUGGUUCAAGAAAUUACCUACCACGCAUUGACUCUGGUUCAAGAUCCUUUCGGCAAUUACGUUGUGCAGUACAUCUUGGAUCUCAACGAUUCACGUUAUAGCGAAGCACUCAUUCGUCAAUUCGUCGGUCACGUCUGCAACCUUUCCGUUCAAAAGUUCAGUUCGAAUGUGAUUGAGAAGUGCAUUCGUGUAUCUGAACCUGGAGUACGUAAGCAAUUGAUUGAAGAAUUAUUGAACCGUCAAAGAUUGGAAAAGCUCUUACGCGAUUCAUUUGCCAAUUACGUUGUUCAAACCAGUUUGGAUUACGCAGAUCCUCAUCAAAGAAUGCAAUUGGUUGAAUGCAUUAAACCAAUCUUGCCCAUGAUUCGCAACACACCUUACGGUAAGCGUAUCCAAAGCAAAUUGCAA